AUGACACAAUCAAACCGAUCUGAUGCACAAAGGAACAACUCCUGUCCUGGCCAGGUCACACCGGCCGCUAUUUCACAGCCAGCGCGAGAUACCACGACAGCGUUACCAUCUGCACCAUCGCCCGCACGAGAUGCUACACCGCCGUCUUCCAAAUCGCCGCUGCGCCGGCCAAGUUUGCUCAAGCGCGCCAGCUCAGAGAAGGUAGGAGGAGUUGUGACGAGACGAUCAUCAUGGAUUUCGAACAUUAGCAACAAAUUCUCUUCGUCAUCGUCAUCUGUUCCUACGAAUCAGACACUCGCCACACCUGCACAAUCCGGUCCGGUUCAGUCAAACGGAACACCCUCCCCUGGUCUGCCGACUGGAUCAGCCAACGCCUCCAGAACGAGCCUACAAAGCGACAAUGGACAGGACCCAGAAUCGCCUGCCCCGACAAAAAGCAAAGAUGGAUCGUUCUUCUCCUCGCUCACGCGUAAAUGGUCAGCUGGAGGACAAGGGCAGAAUAGCGCGCCAAAGACUCAGCCGAAGGGCUCCAUAUGCGAGAGACGUAUACUGAACGUUGACCCGAAUCGAGAGCGGUGUACACUACGGGACGUAGACCCGAGUACUCUGCGCAAGGUAUCCUUCUGCGUUGAUGUCGAGAUUGCCACUGGGACGCGCUUCUCGAGCGACGAGGAAGAGGAGGUCGAGCCUGCAGUUCAUACUGCGGAUGCCAAAGCGAAGGAGCGAGCGGAGGGCGAAGCGUUUCGCCGCCCCGAAGCAAUUUUAGAAGAGGGAGAGGGCGACGGAGACGAUGCAACAAGUAUAGAGGAUAGAAGCGACGCUGUGGCCUCCUUGGACGAUACUGAUGGGAAGAAAGCCGAGACCCCAUCACAUCUUGCAGAGAAACCACAAGCUUCAAACGAAGCCAACGAUAGCCCUUCAAGCACAGACAAGAAGAAGGAGAAGAAGAAAAGAUCAGAAGAGGAGCGCAAAGAGCGCAAAGAGAAGAGGCGAAGACGGGCGGAGGAGAAUGGUUCCGUUCCUGUUGAGCUUUCAUUAGAUGCCGAUUUGAAUGAAGACGUCACACAGACAGCUACCACUUCUGAUGCCUCGAGCAAGUCCGGGACAAAUGCCAGCGCAAGCACGUCCGGCCAACAAGCCAGAGCGAACAGGCCCACCACGGAUCCCGUGCGCAUAUAUCGACGAUGCUGUCAACUUCGCGAAUCUCCUAUCCUCAAGCGAAUUACCGAGCAGCUUAUGUCGCCAUCGUGCUGUGUGCCGACCGAGCCGGGCGUGGUCUACUGCCUCGAUUUGACAGGAUCACGACUACAAUUGGCUGACAUGGUCACUCUCGGCGAUUGGCUGGCUGUGGUCCCGGUCAAGAAGCUCAUUCUAGAAGAUGCUGACGUACCCGACGAGGGACUACGAUGCAUUCUUGCUGGACUACUCGCGGCGACCAGGCCGCAGCCGAGUCGGCGCAAGAGCACAACUCCAAGACAUCGAGAUGGAAUCGUGACAAAGCCCCAUCAAGAGCGUAGCGGCGUCAUUGAACAGCUCGUGCUCCGGAACAACCCACGAAUUUCUCGCCGCGGAUGGAAACACAUUGGUUUGUUUCUCCACUUGUGCCGGUCCAUAAAGGCUAUCGAUUUGUCAAUGAUCAAGUUCCCCAAACCAGCUCCAGUGGAAAACGGAACAGGUCCGAUCAAUACCUCAGUAAGCUCUAUCAAAAGCACUGUUGAUCAAGAUGCCGCAGAGAUUUUUCAUAGAUGCUUGAGCGGGCGAUUAGCGAAGGACGGGCUCGACGAACUCAUUGUCUCGGAGUGCGCAUUCACUGCGAGACAGAUUGAGAGAAUGGUUGAUUGUGCAAUCGCUGGCGGCAUUCACAAGCUUGGACUAGCAGGCAACAACAUUGACGACGAAGGCCUGGAGCAUGUUGUGCGGUAUAUCCGCUCGGGGGUCUGUGGAGGCUUGGAUAUCGGAAGAAACGACCUGCGUGGCAAGCUUGAUCGAAUCGCCGAAGCUCUCAGCGCGCAGACAAGCAGAUCAUGCUGGGGUCUAAAGUUGUCAGGCUGUCAUCUCGAUGGCGGAUCCGUCAAGCGUCUGCUUUCAGUUCUAACGACACUACCGGAGUUUCGUUUCAUUGACCUCAGUCAUAAUCGCGAUCUCUGCAGCCGCGACAGUGACACAAUCUCACUCCUACGCCGGUAUAUCGGCAAGAUGCCUGAGCUCAAACGCAUUCACUUGACGGAUGUCGGAAUGAGUGCCAAGCAGGCCAUCGCCCUUGCGGACGUCCUAGCAGAGGCUCCCAAGCUUGCUCAUGUCGAGCUUCUGGAGAAUCCUAAACUAACCGCGCUUGCCAACGCAAAAGACGAGUCGAAUCAAGAAGAAGCUUGCGCUCUUUACGCAAGCUACAUGGCUGCGGUAAAGGUGUCCAACACCUUGGUCUCCAUCGACAUUGACGUGCCCAGCGCAGACAAUAGCGAGGUAGUCAAAGCACUGGCAAAGCAAGUCGUUGCCUACUCAUUACGAAACAUGGAGCAAUACGCGAUUGCGGAAUUGGCAGGCGCUGCUGACACCAUCACUAACAAUACGCCGGCGAAUCCGAUACGACUGAAGGAUAGCGAGCGGCAGCUCAAAGAAGUCUCGGUGCCGGAUGUCCUCAUUCACCUCAUUGGUCGCACCGAUGCUGAAGGCCAAGCCGAAACCGACGACCCAGCUCCAGACGAUGACUAUAUUGUUGGUGGUACAGGAGUCGUCAAAGCGCUCCAAUAUGUCCUUGGUGAAAAGGCGAGCGACCUCCGACGCAGCAGCUUGAACACACCCAUUACAGGAGCCCGCACUCCACGUCCCAGUUCAUCGGCUGGCUUCGAUCAAGAGCAGCGCGGUAAAGCGAAGAAGAUGAGCAAAAACCUGCUCGACAGUGCCCGAAAGAUCCGCGAGAGGCUCCGCCCAGCUCUGAUCAAGGAAGCGACUUGCGGAGAUGAGAUUUCAUACCGCCGCUUACAUUUCCUCGAUCAGACCCUCGCCAACAUGAUCGCGCGUUUCGAAGAGGAAUAUCCCGAAACACGCAUUGGUCCUGUUUCACCGCCACAGAUCCCUCUAUCCAUCGGCACCCGACCCGUAGAAAUCCCCGCGCCUCUAUCAUUAGACGAUCCCCAAACCGCCGUCGAUCCCGGCAGCAAGUCCGACGAAGACCCCGAGAACGACAUCAACAACGUCACACGACCCGGCGCCCGCCGCAACAACAGCGACGCAUCCCUCGCCUCACGGCGAUCCCGCGCCCUGGCCAUAGAAGAAGGCCAACUGCAUCGACUCGGCCAAAGCAUCCGGCGCUCCGUCGUCGACUCGCCAUCACUCGGCCCGGCGCUAGGCCACGGCCAGGAUGAGGCUGAGCGGCUCCGGACGCUGCAGGACAAGCUCGAGGCCAUUUCAGGCACCGAGCUCAAGUCCAUGGUGCAACAGGACGGCUGGACCAAGACGCUGGCCAAGGUCGGCGCGAACGUAGACGAUCUGCGGAUGUUGCAGGAGCAGGACCCGCAGGGAUGGGAGAUGUUCAAGGAGUCGCAGAUCAAGGCGAGGAUGAACCUUGAGAGGGACCUGCAGACAAUAUGA